CUGCGCCACCUCCAACUCGAUGGCAAAAUGUGAGCGUUCGGUUAAAACACAGCCGCUUGAGCAAAGAAGGUGCGGCAAAGUCGAUUUUGCGCUCUUUUGAGACGUGCGCCAAAGCCGACGGGACGUCAUGGACGGGAAAGUGCGCUUCUGGAGGUGAAGAAACGCGCCGCGUGCGUAAAAGUCCGCAGAAAUCCCGCAGAGCCGCCUCGCGAGGCGGCGCACGCUGACGAGCCGCGGGUCCAGCUGCUGAAUUCAAUUUUGUCUUGGGGAGUGUCGAGGCAGAGCCAGAAAAGUGGGACGGAGUUCAGACUCGACUCUGCCGCGUGACGGAGAAGUUGCCCCCGGCGACUCUUUGCGGGACUUUCGAGGAAAGGCAGCGUCUCGAGAAAGAUGGACGAGAAUGCCGACGGAGGGGAGAGCGUCAACGCGAGCGUGCUGAACUGGGAGCAAGUGCAGCGGCUGGAUGCCAUCCUGGCGGGCUCCAUCCCGAUUCACGGCCGCCGGAGUUUCCCCACGCUGGAGGUCAAGCCGCGCGACAUCGUCAGGGCGGUCCGCAGGCGCAUGGAGCGCGCGCAGAUCCACGUGCGGGAGGUGCGGCUCAACGGCUCGGCGGCCAGCUACGUGCUGCACGAGGACAGCGGCCUGGGCUGGAACGACCUGGACCUCAUCUUUUUCACGGAGCUCAGCGGGGAGAAGGAGUUCCAGCUUGUCAAAAAACUGGUGCUGGACUGCCUGCUGGAGUUGUUGCCCGAGGACGUCAACAAGGCGAACGUCACGGCCUUGUCCCUCAAGGAGGCCUACGUGCAAAAGCUGGUGAAGGUGUGUAACGACUCGGACCGCUGGAGCCUGAUCUCGCUGUACAACAACCGCGGCAAGAACGUGGAGCUCAAGUUUGUGGACUCCAUGCGGCGACAGUUCGAGUUCAGCGUGGACUCCUUCCAGAUCUGCCUGGACUCGCUGCUGCGCUUCUACGAUUGCUCGGAGCACCCGAUGUCCGCCACCGUCCACCCCACCAUCCUCAGCGAGAGCCUCUACGGCGACUUCCCCGCCGCCCUCGACCACCUGCGCAACCGCCUCAUCUGCACCAGGAGUCCCGAGGAGAUCCGGGGCGGCGGCCUGCUCAAGUACUGCCACCUGUUGAUGCGGGGCUUCCGCGUUUCCUCCGACUCGGAGAUGAGACUCCUGCAGCGCUACAUGUGCUCGCGCUUCUUCAUCGACUUCCCCAACUUGGGCGAGCAGAAGCGCAAGUUGGAGUCCUACCUACAGAACCACUUUGUGGACCUGGAGGGCAGGAAGUACGACUACCUGAGCAUGCUGUACGAGGUGGUGAAAGAGAGCACCGUGUGCCUGAUGCCCUACGAGCUCAGCCAGACGCUCGGCCUCAUUUCCUCGCUGGCGUGGCGAGCGCAGGCCGAGCAGAACGCCAUCCCCAACGCCGCCAAUGUCACCUGCUUUUACCAGCCUGCCCCGUACGUCUCCAACCACAAUUUCAGCAACUACUAUGUGGCCAAAGUCCAGCCCUUCUUCGCCCGCCCGCCCUCACCGCCCCACCACUACAUCCCCCCCCCGCACCAUCCGCUCAGAGCAUCCACUUGGCUGCCCUGUAACUAGAACCUGCACUGUUGCUGUGCGAUUGUGAAAUUUCUCAAAAACACGCAUCGGUUUGUUGUUCCUCUGUGACUUGAGCUAAACCAGUAUUUCUUCAACUUUUGACACCAAAGUACUAGUGGCCAACCUUUUUGCGUUCAUCAAAAAGUGGCAACGGCUUUAUUCCUGAAAAUGACAGUUGUGUACCUCGCUUUGCCUUACGAAAAAGUCAAAUUGGCUAAAUGCUAACCAUCAGUACAAAACACCGUUGACAUGCUAACGGCUUGCAUCGAGAGUUGUUUUUUUUUCCAAGACCGUUAAUGACACAGGCAUAUUCUUUAACGUUAUAUCACAGCAUAUUUCUGAGUCACGCUCUUUAGUGGAAGAAGUCUCUUCUCCAUCCGUGUCUGCAUGACUGUACAACAUCAUACCGAUACGCUAGUUUGAGUUACGACUUGUCACGGAACAAAUUCAGCUAGCCUCUCAUUUGAUAUUCGUCUUUUAGUUCAUUCAUAGUUAAUUUAGUUCAAUAGUUCUCCGUGUACAACUAGAAAAACCAAGCGUACCACUAACACUGAAAAUCAGCAAUUUGUUUUUUUCUCUGACCCUCCAACAUUUUUGCUUACUAUUCUCAUAUCCGACACGUAGACAAUUCACAUCCUCUUUUAAGGAGUGCAAGGAUUGAACGGGAGCGAUGUGCUCGCGACGACGUUGAGUCACGGUCCAAACCAGCGGGAACUUUCUGUCGGUGACCAUGUGACUCUUUUAAUAACUCAGAAACAGGGAAGCGACGACCAUUUACACAUCCAAAAGGUCGACAAGUGAAAAAAAGCAAAAGCAGUGCACAUUUUAAUCCAUCAGCGCAACUAAGUGCCUCUUUAAAAUAGGAAAUAAAUAUCAAAGGGAAAAGUGUAUUUUUGCAAUCUCUUUGGGAGCGUUGAGGGUUUUUACAAGUGCGUUAAGUGGAGUAUUUGCAAACAAUAUGGAUCAGUGAACAAAGUUGACCUUUGCGGAGUCAGCAUUUCUACACCGAGGCAUCAAGCGUUUUUUUCUUGUUUCAAUAUUUCGUUCUACCUCUGCUCUGGAACACGGGCUGAUUAUCAAAGAGGAAGUAAUGACAAACUGUACGGCAACACACGGAGACAAUUGAAGGGAAGCGGUAGAGUGGUUUGAUAGACAAAAAUGCUGAUACGAAUAAAAUUUAAGGGGAAAACAAAACAAAGGCAGUUUCAUUUCUUUGCUGGGUCGAGAUCGCUGCAAAAUGACGACGUCGCCACAAGUAAAUAACAGGCUUUUCCCUCACAAAUUCACAUCUACUGUAAUUUCCGGCCUACAAGCCGCGACUUUUUUCACACGCUUUCACGGUUUAUGUGAUGAUGCGGCGCUAGUGUUAGCGCACCUGGUUAUAAGCCUCAGUACACAGAGAGUUUAACGCCAGUGCCGCGCUAAUGCUAGCGCCGCGUUAAACCGAGGCUAAUAACCAGGUGCGCUCUGUCGGCCGGGAAUUACGAUACUUGUUUUAGUUCACAUACGAAAAUGGAGAAUAUCAAACCAAAAUGUUACUUUGAAAACUAUUCACUUCACUGUGAAUUCAAAUCUACACAAGUUUGAAAAGGCCUGGCGACCAAUCGGGGGAACAGAAUCAAAUAUGUCGACCGGACAUGCGUGGAAUCGCGUGCAAAAGGGGCGAUUGGUUAAAUGCACCAUGCUCUCGUUUUGAGAUUGCGUUAAAGCGGCCUCUGCCUUCAGGGGUGCCCACACUUUUUUUUUUUUGCUCUUGCGAUCUACCAACAUCGGGAAUCGGGGGGUAUCGCAGGGACUGCCGUGGAGAAAGAGAAAGACCAGAAAUAGGAAGCCAGCUUGCUAGAACUCUCCCCUAUGUGUACCUGUGCAGUGAGUGACAUGUCAGAAGAGGCCAGGAUUGGUCGAACCUGGUGUCAAUCAAACUGCCAGCGCGACUGAUGUAGUUGCCACACUUGAAUCAAGCGAUAAAAAGAAUAAUAACCUGACGUCUCUUUUUUUUUUUUUCUCAACAUGGGUUCACUCGAUCAACCAAAACUGACGGAUUUAGGCACCCCUCCCGUGAUAAUCGGUGCGCUCCGUUUCGCGUCAGUGUUUCCAAGCCGCGAUUCCCAUCGAGCUCACCCGUCACUUCAUGUUUACCGUUGCAAAAAUAAUAGCACUUUCUAUCACGAAAACACUUUCAAAUAAAGUGGGUGCGAGUCAUGUUACGGUGUGCUGUUUUCUCCAACGUAUUUCUCCAUAACAAAUCCAAAUUUUUGUACAUUUGACCUUUUUUCUGGUUGCAUUUUGUACAUUUGUGAUUUGCUGCGGGCCGAAAAAGACGACCGACGGCCGCAACGACUCGCAGCCGCGGAUUGUGAUCACCGCGUGUCAUUGUUUGCGUUUGCUUUCAAGAUUUUGAUGAUGAUUGUAUGUUCUGAAAUGUUCUGAUUAAAAUCUAAAGACCACUGAC